AUGUCGGUCAGUCCGGUGCAGGUGUUGGUGAGGCGUUGGCGGAGGAGAAUUGGCCCGGUGGCAACAGAUGGUAUCUGUGGUGACUUUACUGUUGGUUGGGUCCGAUGUAGAGAGCGGCGAGGCAGUGGAGGAUGGUUGGCAGUGCAGGAGACCCCUACUUCAGAGGAUUUGAAGCACUUUGCUAAAAAACUGAAGAAGAAACGGAUAAUUAUGGGGUUCACACAGGCUGAGGUGGGCCUGGCUCUCGGCGCUCUGUACGGCAAGAUGUUCAGCCAGACCACCAUCUGCAGGUUCGAAGCGCUGCAGCUGAGCUACAAGAACAUGUGUAAGCUGAGGCCCCUGCUCCAGCGGUGGUUGGAGGAGGCUAAGGACAAUGAGAACUUCCAGGAGCUGUGCAGCAUGGAACAGAGGCUGGCAACAGCCCGGAAGAGGAAACGGCGUACAAGCAUUGACAGUAACGUGAAGGGGCUGCUGGAGGCUGCCUUCAUAAAGUGUCCAAAACCGUCCGCUCAGGAGAUUAUCCAGAUCGCAGAUGACCUCAAUCUGGAGAAAGAUGUCGUCCGAGUCUGGUUCUGCAAUCGGCGUCAGAAAGGAAAGCGGGCGCUGUUCCACGGCGGAGAGGAUUCUGAGGGAGUGCCCGGCUAUGGCCCGCUACCCAUGCAACAUGCCCCACUGGGGCUGCCCAGUCCACUUGCCCCCCACCAGGGGUACGUUGGGGAAGCCAUCGGCACUGUGUACACUCCCCACUUCCACAAGGGGAGCCUGUACCGACAACAGCCUGCGCCAGCGCCUGGGACGAUGCACUCGAGCUAGGAAGCGACAAGCCAUCAGCGAGCACGGUGGGGGGAGCCUUGGCGAGGCUGCUUCGGGCAUUAGCAGACGGUGCAGUCGUCACCAUAGGCAGCUUCUUGUGUUUGACAAGGAAACUUUACUCUCGCAGCUGGAAUGAGAACAUUCGCUCGAGGGAACGGAGACCCAGCCUCAGUCUGCAGUGAUGACCCACCGGUCCAGGACUCCCUUUGCAUUUCCAUCACAUUGUCUGUGUGCCAAGGUGUUGGCUGCUUGUGGCAGGGAUUGUUCAGGUCUCUGGUGAUGGCAUUUCCCCUGUCACCCACCCUGCACUCAAUCCCUUAGCAACGUCAUCGGAUUUCACUCUUACCAAAUGUAUCACAUUGUUGGGAAUGAGGUACUGUUUGGACCCACAAGACGCGACUUUUUGUUUCGAAACUGCGGCCUGUUACAGUCAGAAGCACCCACUCCUGUUUUGUUGCACUGCCCCUUACCAACCCUGUUCUCUCUUUUCCCCACUGGCACAGCCCCUCCGAAACUCGGUUCCUGCUCUGAAUCCGGGUGCCAAGACUGAAUGGGUUUUCGUCCCCCUCAUCCACCGUCUGUGCAGAAACCCAUUUCCUCCAACCAAAUCUAGUGGCCUCAUUCAUUCCUCAUUGCGGAUUGCCCCUGAUUCUCUGUCAGUUCAGAGAUGUUGCAAUUAGGCUGCAGUGCCC